AUGACAAAAGUAGGUAACCAACCACCAUUUAACGUUCCUUCCAACUUCGGCCAUUGCACACUAGCAAGCACAAAGAAGAUCAGCUACUUUAGCGGCUGCAACAAUCUUGUGAUGAUCAUGAACUUCAUUUCCACCAUCUUCAUCAUCUUCAGUACCAUCACCUUUCAAGCAUCAAUGGCAAAAGCAGACAACCCAUUACAAGAGUUUUCAAGUAGAGAAGAGUUGGUGCAAUUGGCUGGUUAUGGAGAGGAAAGGCUAUCAACCGUGCUAGUCACAGGCACAGUUCUUUGUGAGGCUUGUUUGCAUGGUGAAACUCAACUUCAUGCAUGGCCAAUACCAGGUGCUCUGGUGAAGGUCGAAUGCCACACAGGUGGGAAGCGGAGCAGGACAAGUUCUGCACAAGCAAUGACAGAUGAAUAUGGAGAUUUUCUAAUCGACCUACCUUCCCACCUCCAUGGAAUCCCAAACUUGGAAAGAAUAUGUUCAGUUAAGGUUGUAAGAUUGCCACAGAACCCGGUAUGCACACCAGCUCAUGCCAGGAAACAGAAGGCUCUGGAAUUAUCAUCGUUUGGGAACGGCAUCCGUAAUUACAGUGCCGGGGAGGUAAAAUUUCUUCAAGUAACAUCUAAAUCUUUACAAGCAUGCACCAAGAGAGGAAGCAGCGAUAAGCAAAUUGCGUGGUAG